AUGGGUAUCUGCUCUAGUAAAUAGAGAGAAAAUUUAUUAACAGAUAUUGAUAGUAUUCCUUUGUUAACUAGGGGUUAACUUGGAUUUGAUGUAAUUAUCGAAAACAUUAAAGUGAAAAUGGACGAUAUUUAAAGUUGCAAAGUAGUAAUGAUAAUAUCACACUUUUCUACAUUUGAAACUGAAGUCGAGAAAGAAAACUAAGGGUAAUUUUAUUUUAAAUACAUUCAUAAAUUUUAAUUAUAAACAACAGAGGAGUAAUUAAAAUAAAAAUUUGUUGUAGUCGAAAUACAAAAUGAAAACGGAGAAUAGAUAUCAGCAUUUAAAAUGAAUCUAUAUCAAAUAGCCACAGGUCCAUUUCAUAUUGAUUAUGAAUUUUCUUAAGCAGGAUCAAGAAAACACGGAAAAGUGAGUUUGGAUUUCAAAAUGGCUCAAAUUCUAGUUGUCAGAUUUAUUCCAAAGUUAAUUGAUUUCAACUUGAAGGAACCUUUAAGUCACAAUGAAUAUUGUUUCUAAUUAAGGAUGCUGACAUCAUAAUUAUAAUUUCAUUCAGAAUAUUCACCUGCAUUUUAAAAUUAGUUAUUACACAAACCACAAUCACUAUAAUCAAAUAAAUAAAUAGUAUGGAAUGAUUCUAAAGUAGAAAUGGAAGUAGAAGUACCUUUAAUCGAAAUUACUUCCUCUUCGAUUUAAAUAUCCUUAUGGCAUAUCAUUAAGGAUGGUAAAAAAGAAAUAGAAUGUGAGGCAUAUGUAAAUUUAAAUUAUGCUUUAACCUAAAAAACCGAAUGCAUCAUUGAAAAAGGAAUAAAAUCAUAUAAAAUAGACUGGAAACAAAAUAACAGAAGAGUUUGGAACCAUGGGGUAUAAGAAGGAAUGCUAAAUUAUCAUUUAGAAAUCAUCCUGCCAUUUCAUUUGAAAUAGCAAAUUGUGGGAGUUAGAACUGAUAAGGGAGUAUCCUAAGGAACCAGAGUGAUCAAUUAAGCUAAAGCCAGUAUAAAGGAAAUUUAACAGUUGAGCUCAGCUGGAUAAGGUUUAUUAGACUUGCAGUAUAUUAUCUUAAGCAAAUCAGAACCUGAUUAGAAUUUAAUUACAUAAUAAAAUGAUUACAUCAAUCAGAUCGUUGAAAAUUUAAAGUUGAGCCAUAAACAAUCUAUGGUUUGUUUUGAAUAUAAAACUUAAUAGGAUCUCUUUAAUUCUUAAAAACUAUUGAUUGAUCUCGCAAUAAGACUAUUAGAAACAGCAGAUUAACAAUAGGAACAAUUACGAGAAUAAUAUUAUGCUAUACUUAAACUACUAAUGAAUAGAGGAGAACUCAGUCUGUCUUAAUUGGGAUUUUCAGAUCAAACACAAAAAACUGAUGAAAAACUAUUUAGGUUUAAGAUGGACAUCGGAUUGAGCUAUCAAGUCUUUUUAUAAAAAGGGCUAUCCACUAUUUUGGAGAAACUAAAGUAAAAGUCAUUGGCACAAAAUGAAAGAUCUUUUGUUGAGAACUUUUUUGCUAAUGCUUAUUUCAGAGUACCAGAAUUCAGAAAUAAAAUAAUCACCAGUGUUUAAAGAGCUGAGGAUGAACAAAUACCAGAGUGGAGAUCUCUAACUAAAUCAAGUGGGGGGAUUUCUAAUUUAGAAUUUAAUGAUAUUUUUGAUUGGAAUAAGCACUUCUAUGAAUAUCUUAUGAAAGAUCCAAAAUAUUAUGCCAAUAAUCAUAAAAUGAAUGAAACUAUUAAUUAAACAUUGUGGCAAAAACGAUUAGGUAAAAGAGGAAUUGCUUUCUUUUUAUUUCUCAAAGAAUGGUGUGAUUUACUAAAUACCUACAUAGUUAACAGUAAAAAUGUUCCGUAUCAUUAAUUACCGGGAUACUUUUAACUUGUUAAGGCAUUUUUUUUAGAAUUAAAAUCAAGAGAAAUAUGCAAUUAUCCAGAAGCUUUAAAAAUUGCUUUAUGUUAUUUACUCAGAAAUACAAAUUUAUUAAAUACCAUAAUUGUCAUCUUAUUCAAUAAGGUUAGUUUAUAUAAUUCUGACAAUGUAGUUCAUUGUUUAGAUCUUUUAAAUAAAUGCUUUUAAAAAAUAAGUCAAUUUAAUUUAAGUAUGCCGUCGUUUUUAGAUCAAAAAUACUUUUUAAAAGGAAUCAGAAUUAUUCUAUCUCAAAGUGAACAUGCUUUAAUCAUAGCAAAAUGUUUAGAGUUGAUCUACACCAAUUAUUUAUUAUUUCCAGUGGACCUUAAGAAAGAAUUGACUGACAUGAUCUUUGAAAACCUAGCUUUCAAAUUCUUUAUUCAUUGGUCUUAUAAUGUUAGACUAAUAUUUCAUUGUUUUCUUAUUUAUCGCAUCUUUCAUUUACACAAGCCAAUCAAAGAUAGGGAGUUCAAUGAAGAAGAUCUAAUUGAAAAAUAUUAAGAAUAAUUGAAACCCAAGAAAUAACACAGUUAUUUUGACCAAAGAAAUUCUUCUAAAUAAAUCAUAUCAGAAUACAUUUAUUUAAAAUACACUAGAUUAAUGUAGCAAAUAGAAGAAGGAAAGCAUUUAUCGAAAUAAAAAUUAAGUUAUUUCAACUUAGAAAGUAAUACAAGGAUUGAAGAACUCAAAUUUAAACUUAGGAAAUUAUAAUCUAGAAUUUAGAAUAGAGAAAAGGACGAUAGCUUUUCUUAGCGUUCUUUUAAGAUUAUACCUGAUAAUUAAUGUGAUGGUACUAUUUUACCAUUACAAUCAAUUGAGCAGAAUUAGGAAAAAUCAGUUCUAUACAAAGGCUAGUUGCCUAAAUAAAAGAUUAUAUUGUCAGAAGCUUAGUUAAAAUACUUGAUCAAAGCAUGCUUUGAAUAUGACGAUUAGAUCUCAUAGUAUUAAAAAUGGAGAUAAUCUAAUCUACCUGACAAUUAUAAUACUUUAACUGAAGAAUAAAUAUUACCUGUAAUCGAAUCUUUCGUCGUACCUGUUGUGAGAAUUCUAGAAUUAAAGGAUGAAAAUGAAGGAAAUCUUAUGCAGAAAGAUGAUUGGUGAUAUCAAAUUAUUAAUUCAAUAUAAAUAGCUUCUAAAUUUAUGUGAUCAUCACUCUAUAUUUUAGAUAUUUAUAUUAUGAUAACAUA